GGCGGCGAUGAUCGAACAGCAGAAACGGAAAGGGCCCGGGGGGGGCACCGGUACCGGCACCGGCACCGGCACCGCCCCGGCAGCGGCCCCUGCGGCGGCCCCCGGCCCCGACCUCCCCCUCGUCCCCGUCCCCGCCAAGCGGCCCCGCCAUGAGCUGCCCGGAGCGCCGGGCGGGGGGGGGGGGGGGCAGCCCUCAGGCGGGACCGGGCCGCAAACGGGCCCUCCACGCUGCUCCUCCCUGCAGGCCCCCAUCAUGCUGCUCUCAGGGCAUGAAGGAGAAGUUUACUGCUGCAAGUUCCACCCCAAUGGCAACACCCUUGCCUCUGCUGGCUUCGACAGGCUGAUCCUGCUGUGGAAUGUCUAUGGGGACUGUGAUAACUUUGCCACUUUGAAGGGACACAGUGGGGCGGUCAUGGAGCUGCACUACAACACAGAUGGCAGCAUGCUCUUCUCAGCAUCCACGGACAAAACUGUGGCUGUGUGGGACAGUGAGACUGGGGAGAGGGUGAAGAGGCUGAAGGGCCACACGUCCUUUGUCAACUCCUGUUACCCAGCACGACGUGGGCCCCAGCUGGUCUGCACCGGCAGCGACGACGGGACGGUGAAGCUGUGGGAUAUCAGGAAAAAAGCUGCUGUCCAGACCUUCCAGAACACAUACCAGGUCUUGGCUGUCACUUUCAAUGACACCAGUGACCAGAUCAUAUCCGGAGGCAUCGACAAUGACAUUAAGGUUUGGGACCUACGCCAGAACAAGCUGACCUACACCAUGAGAGGACAUGCAGACUCAGUGACAGGCCUCAGCCUGAGUUCAGAAGGUUCCUACCUGCUCUCCAAUGCCAUGGACAAUACAGUUCGCAUCUGGGAUGUGCGACCGUUUGCCCCCAAAGAGAGAUGUGUGAAGAUUUUUCAGGGGAACAUACAUAACUUUGAAAAGAAUCUGCUGAGGUGCUCUUGGUCCCCAGAUGGGAGCAAAAUAGCAGGGGGAUCAGCUGACAGGUUUGUCUACGUGUGGGACACCACAUCCAGAAGGAUUUUGUACAAGCUGCCAGGCCAUGCUGGGUCGGUGAAUGAACUGGCUUUCCAUCCAGAGGAACCCAUUAUACUCUCUGCAUCCAGUGACAAAAGACUCUACAUGGGGGAGAUCCAGUGAAGCCAAGGAGCAGGCAGUGGGUUUCAGGACCUCAGGAUCCUUGGUUUCCAGAGUGGGAUUGACUCCUCUCCCUGGUGCCAGCCCCCCUCACGUUUGCAGCACUGGGGAAACACUGAAGCAAUUUGAUGGGACAAGCUGCCAUCUCACAGACUGCAUUGUCCACCUGGUCUUGCAGUGCAGACUUUUUUUCCACCUACCCCUUUGGGGAGGAAAGAAAAAAAGGAAUUGAAAGGAAUUUGGUUUUGGCUCUUGCCACUGUUGUUAAGCCCUUACCCAGAUCACUUGAAAUUGGUAAAAUUUGUUUGAGUUCCAUAUGUGGCUUUGUAUAUUCCCUGUCAAGUUUCUCCUGUUUUUUUUAUACAGUCAGAACUUAAAUACACAGAUUUUUA